AUGAGUUCAGUCUUUGUCUACUCCUCUAGUCCAUACAAGUCUCUUAAAUGUGCUUUGACACAAGCUGGACAACCUUCUUUGGUAGGUGCAUCAUGCUUUGUUCUCCGUGCUCGUGAGCCUUGGGCCGCAUUCGCGGAGGCCUGGGCAUUUGACCAUUGCGUUCGCAGGAUUGGAGAUAUUGUGAGUUUGACAUCUGCAUUUGACGUAAUUGUUUUUGCAAAUGAGUGGAAAGUUGUGCCUGAGACUGCCGUUUUUCUCGGUCCAACCAUUCCCUCAAAUCUACAUUUGGUAAAUGCAUUUGAUUUGGUGUUGAUGAAUGGAAUGGAUCCCAUAUCGGGUUACCAUUCAAGUUUUGUUGACGAGGAAGGAGUUAGCAAAGCUUGUGGAUGUCCUUUACUACCUCUGAAAAGUCAUAUAAAUGAACCUGAUUCUGAUGCAGAACAAGAUGCAACGUCAGAUAUCGUGGAUGAAGCAAUCACAUUCUUUCGGGCAAAUAUCUUCUUCAAGAACUUUGAUUAUAAAAGCUCGGCUGAUAAACUUCUCAUCUAUUUGACUUUGUAUAUCAAUUUGGCUUUGAAGAGGCUAGAAGGCAGCAGAACUUUAGCUGAAGGGAAGAAGUCAAUAAUUAACCUUGGUCUGGAAAAGAUUGUAAUACCAGGGGAGGCAGGUUUUCCAUUUCCAGGCCUAUUUGCUUCACCAAAGUCUCAACAAGAUGCAGAACAAUUCAGGAAUUACCUAAAGCAAUUACAAGAGGAAACAAGUGAGAGAUUAUUAAACGUUGCUUAUCGACCUAAUGGAACUCCAAAUAAAUGGUGGCUAGCAUAA